AUGCAGAUCUUCGUCAAGACCCGUAAGUGAUACCCCGCCAUCAGCAGCUGCCUGCCGACAGGUGGCAACACAAACUUCAUCAGCAGCGUACUGACUUUGACUGCAGUGACCGGCAAGACCAUCACUCUCGAGGUCGAGAGCUCUGACACGAUCGACAACGUCAAGAGCAAGAUCCAGGACAAGGAGGGCAUUCCUCCAGAUCAGCAGCGCCUGAUUUUCGCCGGAAAGCAGCUUGAAGAUGGCCGUACCCUGUCGGACUACAACAUCCAGAAAGAGUCCACCCUCCACCUCGUCCUCCGCCUGCGUGGUGGUAUGCAAAUCUUUGUCAAGACCCUCACCGGCAAGACGAUCACCCUCGAGGUGGAGUCAUCGGAUACCAUUGACAACGUCAAGUCGAAGAUCCAAGACAAGGAGGGCAUUCCUCCCGACCAGCAGCGUUUGAUCUUCGCCGGUAAGCAGCUUGAGGACGGCCGCACUCUUUCCGACUACAACAUUCAGAAGGAAUCGACACUGCACCUGGUUCUCCGUCUCCGCGGUGGUAUGCAGAUCUUCGUCAAGACUCUCACAGGCAAGACCAUCACACUGGAAGUUGAAUCGUCAGACACAAUCGACAACGUAAAGUCGAAGAUUCAGGAUAAGGAGGGUAUCCCACCGGACCAGCAGCGACUCAUCUUUGCUGGUAAGCAGCUGGAGGACGGUCGCACACUCUCAGACUACAACAUCCAGAAGGAGAGCACGCUGCACUUGGUGCUGCGUCUUCGUGGAGGCCAAUAA